AUGGCAUAUAAAGUACAGCUUGACACAUUUGUGUCUAGGCUCAAUGAUAAUGCUGACUACAAGACGGCCCAUUCAGUUUUAUCGGAGCUUUUGGAUAUGAUCGAAACGUUCAACGGAGCGGCCGAAUAUGAGUACUUUUUGUCGAACUUGGUACCAAUUUUCAUUAAGAACUUGAAGGAGGUGCCGAUUUCGUUUACCAGUCAAUCGCCAGAACACAAGUUAAGGAAUUCGAUAUUGGAGAUCAUACACCGGUCGAUUAUGAACGAAACAUUCCAGCCGUACUCGGAGCAGAUAUUAGAUGCUUUGACCACGAUAUUAGUUGAUGAAAAUGAGGACAAUGGUGUGUUAUGUAUGAAGAUUAUCACUAGUUUGCACAAGGCAUACAAGAAUAAUUUGGGAGAAAAAGUACAACCGUUUGUGGAAAUCAUCAAUGAUAUUUAUGAUAAUAUGGACCUGACGGUCCAAGAGACUUUUGGUGCCAACCAACAAAAAGAAUCAGUUGAAGAAUCGGCCAAGGAGAUGUCUCCACCUUCAUUCAACGAGGAGAAUUCAUCAAAGACAUUGAGUAAAGCGAUGUUUUCAUUUAAAACAUUGGCAGAAUGCCCAAUAACGAUGGUUUCGUUAUACUCAUCGUACAAGAAUCUCGUCCAAUCGUCAUUACCUACAUUCUUGCCGAAGAUUAUGAAUAUCUUGACUUUACAAGUGGAACAACAAAAAUCCUAUCGUGAAGAAUCUGCAAAGGAGAAUAAGACCACCACUUCAAUAUCGCCCGAUAUUACAAACAGACAAGCAUAUAGCGAUUUCAUUUUAGGACAAGUUAAGGCUGCAUCUUUCUUAGCCUAUGUGUUCAUUAGGGGUUACGCUAAUCAGCAUUUGAGCGAAGACCAAUCCAAGAUCGUUCCAGAUGUGAUAUUGAGACUUUUACAGGAUUGCCCAGCUGAAUUAUCGGUAGCACGUAAGGAAUUAUUACACGCAACAAGACAUAUAUUAUCAACUCCAUUCCGUUCUCAGUUUAUACCUACUAUUGAAAUGUUAUUCGAUGAGAAGAUAUUGAUUGGUGAUGGAUUGACAUCAUUUGAAACGUUAAGACCAUUAGCAUAUUCAACAGUGGCAGACUUUAUUCAUAACGUGAGAAACGAAUUAACACCUAAACAAAUCUGGUCCACCGUAAGAAUAUAUUGCAAUUUAUUAAAAGAUGACUCGUUAGCUCUAACAGUGCAAAUUAUGAGUGCUAAAUUGCUACUUAAUUUAGUGGAGCGUAUCAUGAAAUUACCAAAUAAAUUAGAAGGAAGACAAUUAUUUAUGAUUAUAAUUGACGCUUACGCAAAAAGAUUUCAAAGUUUAAACAGAAAGUACUCUUACAUCAUUCAUAAGCACGGUGAGUUUGAAAGGAAGAGGAAAUUGAAGGAAAAAGAAUCUAGAAAAGCUAUUAGCAAAUAUUCUUCAAAGAAUGUGGAUAUUUUGGAAACAAAGAAAAUAGAAUUAAUUCAAGAAUCAAUGAAAGAAGAAAAUGAAAAUGACAACCAAACCGACAUGGAAGAUAUUGAAAUGGAAGAUGCUGAAAGUGAGGACAAGGAACAAGCAAGCGAAGAUGAAUCGAAAUCUGAAUUGGACGUUUUCUUAGACGUUUUCAGCAUUGACGAACAUUCACCUAUUUCUUCGUCUCCUCUUAAUAAUAACUCUGAUUUGUUAAAGGACGCACGUUAUUUAUUCCGUACGUUGAUGACCUUUUUAAAGUCAGUAAUAUUUGGAUUGAAGAAUUGUAAUCCACCUGUUCCACCACAACCCUCUCAGUCAGACACUAAGAAUCCUGGUCAAGUUAUUAACUAUGAUAAAUGGAAUGAUUCAGCUAAACUUACGUCCUUUGAAGAAGUGAACAUUUUGCGCAAUUUGUUUAGAGGUGGUAUAAGUUGCUUGAGAUUUUUUUCAGUUUCUAAGCCCAAACCAAACGUGCCUCAAGCUAAAGCAUUUGACUGGUCAACUGGUGGUCCGAAUUUACCUAUAACAUCAUCUAAAGAAGAGAAAGACUUAAUGGAAAUUUUCGCAACUAUCUUCAUUCACAUAGAUCCUGCAUCGUUUAAUGAAAUAGUUAAUUUUGAAUUACCUUUCAUGUUUGAUUCUAUGCUUGAAAAUGCCGCUCUACUUCAUUUACCUCAAUUCUUUUUGGCUAGUGAGAUAACUUCUGCCAACUUUUCAGGCAUUUUAAUUUCAUUUUUAAAGUCAAAAUUAGAUCAAUUAGAUAAAGUCGAGUUAGCGAAAUCCAACAUAUUGAUAAGAUUAUUUAAGCUAUGCUUCAUGUCUGUGAAUUUGUUUCCUACCGCAAAUGAAAGUGUUAUUUUACCGCAUUUAAAUUAUUUGAUUUUAGAAUCAUUAAAGUUGGCAACGAAAGCUGACGAACCAAUAGUAUAUUCUUAUUUGGUUAGAAUAUUAUUCAGAAGUAUUAGUGGUGGUAGGUUUGAAAACUUAUAUAAAGAGAUAAUGCCUAUCUUGCCAGUAUUACUAGAAAGCUUGAAUAAGAUGAUUGCUAACUCUCGCCGGCCUUAUGAGCGCGAUAUAUAUGUUGAGUUGUGUUUGACUGUACCAGUUCGUCUUUCGGUGCUAGUUCCACAUCUAAACUAUUUAACUAGGCCAUUGGUUUACGCGCUUAAUGGAUCACAAGAAUUAGUCAGCCAAGGUUUACGUACAUUUGAAUUAUGCGUUGAUAAUUUGACGGCCGAGUAUUUUGAUCCAAUCAUCGAGCCAGUAAUUGAUGAGAUUAUGGCAGCAUUAUGGAAACAUUUGGAGCCAGUACCAUAUCAUCAUCAACAUUCCCACACAGCUAUUAGGAUUUUAGGUAAGCUAGGUGGCAGAAAUCAUAAGAAUUUUAAACCAUGUAAUAGUUUGAUUACUCAAUCAGAAUUAGAUCAAGAAAUAAAAGCACUCUUCAAAAUUUACGGAUUACAGGGUGAAGUACCAGUUUCAAUAACACCUGGAGUGGAAUCUGCGAUAAAAUUAUUAGAAGAUCCAAGGUUAAAAGUUCAUUAUCGUAUUAGUGCAUUUAAGUAUUUGUCUGGAAUUUUAAAGUUAUUUAUAGAUACGACGCCUAUCCCAGAAGACUAUUCCGUGUAUAUAUCUGAGUGUGUUGAGAAUUUAAAGCUGGAAAAAAUAGAACAAACUAUGGAUUUAGAAGAAUCCGGUAUAAAAGAUGGUGCUAAAUUAGACCGCCAACAGAAGCUAUUCUCCAGAUUACUAGAAAUCCUUUUCUUUUCAGUAUCAAUUCCAGAUCUUAAAGAAGAAGCUAGUGAAUUGAUAGAUGGUCUUACCACGCAUUUCACGUUAAUUUAUUUAGGUACAUCUGUGAUUGAUAAAGUGAAAAAAGAACGCGCAUUUUGCGUUAAUGAUAAUGAAGGAAAAGCAUAUAUUAAUGAGACAGCAUUCCUUAAUGCUUUAAAUUAUGCUUUAAGUUUCUGGGAUAAGGAUGUUAGAUCUAAGGGGAUAGAGACUAUUAGAAAUAUUUAUACGACAACCGUCACAAUCUUUGGUUCAGAUGAGAAUGCAUUAUAUUCUCCAAUAUUUCGUUCAAUGUUUUAUAGAUUCACUCAUUGCUGUUAUAAUGAAUUUUAUCACGCCAAAUUGGGUGGUAUUUUGGGACUUAAAACCAUGUUUGAGGACUUGGGUAUCGCCCCUAAAUGGUUCUUUAAACGCCAAUUUGAAUUAGUUCGUUCAAUCUUCUUUAUUCUAAGAGAUACACCAGAGACGGUAUCAUAUGAAGUACAUGACUUAGCAAAGAAUUUGGUCUUGAAGCUUUUACAUGAUUGCAAUGUCGACGUGCCUAAGGAAACCAUUUUAGAAAAACCAUUCCAGACUCUAGUUGGUGCAUUAGUAUAUGACUUAGCUAGUGCGAAUCCACUCGUCAGAGAAGUAUCUCAGUCUUCAUUAAAGGUAUUAUCCGAGACAACAUCUGUGUCAAUCGCUUCGAUCAUGGGGCCUUGCAAGCUGUUAUUAUUAACACCUAUUUUUGGCAAGCCAUUAAGAGCUUUACCAUUCCCUAUGCAGAUUGGUAAUAUAGAUGCAAUUACAUUCUGUUUGGGCCUUGAUGACACAUUUUUAACUUUUAAUGAUGAGUUGAACAGACUUCUUCUUGAAGCCUUAGCUUUGGUUGAUGCAGAGGAUGAAUCACUUGCUAAUGUCCAUCGUCUUUAUGAAUAUAGAACUUCAAAACAAUUAAUAGAACUACGUGUUGUGUCCAUUAAAUUGCUUUCAUUAGCCUUAACAAAGCCUGACUUUUCAUUGGGGUCCUUAGCAGAAGCAAGGAUUCGUAUAUUGGGAGUCUUCUUUAAGGCGCUUUGCAAUAAAUCUACGGAAAUUAUUAAUGCGGCACAUUUAGGAUUGAAAUCGAGUCUUCAAGAAAAUGCCAAAUUACCAAAGGAAUUAUUACAGAAUGGUCUUCGCCCUAUGCUUAUGAAUUUGUCAGACCACAAGAAAUUGACUGUAUCUGGUCUUGAGGCUCUCGCUCGUUUGUUGGAACUAUUAAUUUCAUAUUUUAGAGUUGAAAUUGGCCGUAAACUAUUAGAUCACUUAAUGGCAUGGGCCCAAAUUAACACAUUAAGACAACUAGCCGGCCAAGACUUAGAGAACAACCAUACAGUGCAGAUUGUCAUAGCAAUUUUAAAUAUUUUUCAUCUUUUACCUGCUAAAGCAUACACAUUCAUGGAAGAAAUCAUAAGCACUUUACAAUACUUAGAGGGCCAUUUAGAUCGUCAUCAAAUAUCGCCAUUUAGAAUCCCUGUUUCUAAGUUUUUAAACAGGUUUUCAGAAAACUGUUUAGAAUAUUAUAUGCAAAAUUAUAAGAAUAGAAAAUUAGGGAAUAUGUUAGCCUAUUUUGCUGGAUUAGAGGACUGUAAUAAAAUUAGGAAUACAGCGAAGGAGAAAUUCAGUGACAUUCUUAAAGAUCUUGAAGACGAGCCAUCGGAAGAAAUAAAGGUCAUAAAAUUUGCUAACACAGUUGAUCUUCUUAAAUCCCUUUCUGAUUUUGAGCUUGAAUGGUUUGACGAACAAAAGGAUCUUAUUCUUACUGUCUCAUCUAUGGUAGAAAAAAUUGUGGAUAUUAAGAACCAAUCUCCAUUAGUUUCUUCUACUCAUUUCCAAGGUGAUCAAGCUAUUUCUAAACUUCAAGGAAUAGUAGUACAUUACUUAAAGAGGAAUGCCAAAGAGGUUGACAUGACAUUUACCGUUAUUGAUCGUUUGUCUUGCUUAAAGGUUAGGGUACCUCCUCAAUUAGAGGAGUUUAUUUUUGAUACUAUUGUUUGCUCUAAAGAUGUUGAACACAGAGAAACAUACUUGAACAAAUGUAUCGAGUUUGUAAAUGAUACCGAACACAGCUUAAAGAGCAAAAUAUUCUUCUUGAAGAAAGUUUUCAACUCGAUUAUCAUAUAUGAAGCCGAGAAAGAGGGUAAAGUAGAUGCAUUCUUUGAAAACAACAAGAUACCUCAUUGGUUAGAAGACAUCUGUAAAAACAUUUGGAGAUCAACAAAUGAUAUAAUUACUGAUCACACAUCAGGCAGCAUGGAUAGUUAUAGGUUCGAGUUACUUGAAAUGACUUCCAUUCUUCUUAAGUGGGCGCCAAGUUUCAUCGGUGAAUUCCGUAAAGAUAUCAUUAAAUUCAGUUGGAAUUACAUCAAAUUGGAAGAUAAUAUUACCAAACAAAUCGCAUAUGUUACUACAUCCUAUUUUAUAGCGGCAUACGAAACACCAUCAAAAUUAGCUACUCAGGUAUUUGUUGCUCUUCUUCGCACGCAUCAGACCGACUCCAGACAUCUUGUGAGACAAGCAUUAGAUAUCCUUGCUCCAGUGAUGCCGGAUCGUAUGGAUGCAGCCGAAUCACCAAUUAGUUGGCUCAAAUGGCCUCGUCGUGUGAUUUCAGAAGACGGUUUUAAUGUUACGCAGGUACUCAAUGUCUAUCAAUUUAUCGUACAGCAUCCAGACUUAUUUUUCAUAGCCCGUGAACACUUUAUUUCCAAUAUUAUCACAGCAAUGGGCAAAUUAACUAUCUUAGCAAACCCUGCAAUAGAAAAUCAAGUUCUUGCUAUUGACUUGGCGGAGCUAAUCUUGAAAUGGGAAACAAAAUCAAAGGAACAAAAAAUGGAAACUCAAAUAGAUGGUUCUCAAACCACCAAACAGACGUCAGAAAAUGCAACAGAUUUCACUACAUCAGCGAACUAUAGUAUUCCAUUUGGUCAAAGAGAAGCGUGUGUUACGUUCUUGAUUAGAUAUGUUUGUAUCAGUCCUCAAAGAGCAUCUGAAAGUGAACUUGGCCAAAAAGCUUUAGGUAUAUUAUAUGACCUCUUAAGUCCUGAACACUGGCCAGAGGUUUCUGUAAAAUUGACAUUCUUUGAAAAGUUUUUAUUAUCUAAUGACUUAAAUUCUUCAAACUUGUUUGGAUAUUGUUUGAAUGCUUUGGAAGUUUUGAGUGUAGUGUUAGAAUGGAAGAAACCAGAAUGGAUAGUAUCAAAUCUUUCUUAUAUUCAUAAACUUCUUGAAAAGUGUAUUAAGUCUGACAAUCACGAUAUUCAAGAAGUUUUGCAAUGUGUUUUAAGAAUCAUUCUUCAAGCUAUUACUAAACAAAAGAAAACGGAAUCAGAAGAGGAUGAGGAGGACGAAAUUAGGGAAUUCAUUUCGUUAUUGACAACUACUGUUUCUGAAGAUUUAGGUGAUAUGCCAUCAGUUGCUGCUGGAGUCACAUUAUCCUGGACAUUGGCAAACUACAGACCUUCUACCUUAGAUUCGCUUUUGCCUCUGAUUAUGAGAACCUUUAGUAAACUUUGCAAGGAUCAUAUCACCAUCACUCAUCAAGGAUCUCAAACAUCUAGCAAAGACGGUUCUAAUUCAGAAUACGAAGCAAAAAUGACUACUAGAUUAUUGGAAAAGAUUCUUAACUUAUCAUCAAUGAGAAUUUCUAACCUUGGUGACCAAAGACGUAUUUUCUUGUCUUUAUUGGCACAGUUGAUUGAACGUUCUUUAGAUAAGGAUACUCUUGAGAAGAUCAUUAAGAUCGUCAAGAACUGGGUGUUUUCUAGAACUGAUCUCUUCCCCACUACGAAAGAAAAGGCAGCGAUUCUAGCCAAGAUGAUGGUUUUUGAAAUUAGAGGUGAACCAUCAUUAUCCAAGGAAUUUUAUCAAAUAAUCGUAGAUAUAUUUGAAGAUGAUACGUUUAGCUGUACAGAAUUGACUGUUCGUAUGGAGCAACCAUUUUUAGUUGGAACCCGUUCAGCGGAUGUUUCUAUUCGUCGUAAACUUAUGUCAAUUCUAAACAAUAGUUUGGAAAAAGAUAUCAGUAAAAGGUUAUACUAUGUUAUCCGUGAACAAAAUUGGGAGUAUUUAGCAGAUUAUCCAUGGUUAAACCAAGCAUUGCAAUUGCUUUAUGGUUCUUUUGAUUUUGAUAAGAAUAUUACCCUCAUUGAAGAUGAAAAUAAGCUACCUCCUUUAACAGCUUUUCCUUAUGCACAUAAUGACAAUAUGGAAGUAGAAUCUGAGAAAGAAUCAUUAGAGAAUUUAUUCAAGAAACAUAAUGAGUUCUUAGAUAAGAUUUCAUAUGUUAAGGCAGGUACUAUUCUUGAGCCGUUGAUUGAUAUGUUUUAUCAAAGUAGUGAUACAAUUCAUCGUACUUGGUCAAGUAUAUUUCCAAUUGCGCUUAAAUCUAUACCACCUUCAGAGCACUUGGAUUUUACCCGUUUUAUGGUUAUUUUAUUGUCAAAAGAUUACCAUACUCGUCAAAUCGAUAGCAGGCCUAAUGUCGUUCAGUCAUUAUUAGAGGGUGUUGCAAGAAGUGAAAAGCUCCAAUUGCCACCUUUUGCUGUUGAAUGUCUUGCUUCGAAUUUUGAUGCUUGGUCUCAAGGUAUUCAUAUACUUGAAAAUAUUGAACAGCAAUCUAUCAAUGGUAACGCAGACGUGCGUGAAGUUACUCAGGAUGCUCUUUCAAAAUUGUAUGCGACUUUGAAGGAAGAUGACAUGUUUUAUGGUUUAUGGAGAAGAAGAGCAAAAUAUUCUGAAACAAUCAGUGCGUUAUCUUUCGAGCAGAUCGGUCUUUGGGAUAAAGCCCAGCAACUAUAUGAAACUGCUCAGAUAAAAGCACGUAGUGGCGCAUUGCCAUAUGGUGAAUCUGAAUAUUCUCUUUGGGAGGAUCAUUGGAUCUUAUGUGCUGAGAAGUUGCAACAUUGGGAUAUACUUACUGAGCUUGCAAAGCAUGAAGGAUUCUCAGAUCUACUUCUUGAAUGUGGUUGGAGAGUUGCUGACUGGAAUACUGAUAGGGAAACGCUUGACCAGACAGUGAAGAGCGUGAUGGAUGUUCCAACUCCACGUCGUCAAGUAUUUGAAACGUUCCUCUGUUUGCAAGGUUUUGGACAGGAAAAGGAAACUUUGCAAGAUUUGUCUAGGUUGUGUGAUGAAGGUAUUCAAUUAGCCUUAAGGAAAUGGCAUGGCUUGCCACAAAGGUUUAAUAAUGCACAUAUUCCAUUAUUGCACACGUUUCAACAGUAUGUCGAGUUUAUGGAAGCAAGUCAGGUUUAUGCUAGUCUUGUUUCUACCAAUGCGCAAAACUUAGAUGUCAAGUCGCAAGAGCUUAAGCGAGUAUUGCAGGUAUGGCGUGAAAGAUUACCUAAUACCUGGGACGAUAUUAAUAUAUGGAAUGAUCUUGUUACUUGGCGUCAACAUGCUUUCCAAGUAAUUAAUAAAGUUUACAUGCCAUUUAUUCCAAUUUUGCAGCAAUCCAAUUCUGGAGGAAAUGCUAAUUCGUACGCUUAUCGUGGAUUCCACGAGAUUGCUUGGGUCAUCAACCGUUUUGCACAUGUUGCAAGGAAACAUGGUAUGUCUGAUGUUUGUAUUAAUCAACUUACUAAGAUUUAUCAACUACCAAAUAUUGAAAUUCAAGAAGCAUUUUUGAAGCUCAAGGAGCAAGUAAAGUGUCAUUAUCAAAAUCCUAAUGAGUUGAAUACUGGUUUAGAUGUGAUCAGCAACACCAACUUGGUGUACUUCGCUACUCAGCAAAAGGCAGAAUUUUUCACAUUAAAGGGUAUGUUCUUGAACAAAUUAAAUCAGAAAGAUGAAGCUAAUAAAGCAUUUGCCACGUCUGUUCAGAUUGACCUUAAUUUGCCUAAAGCAUGGGCGGAAUGGGGUAUGUUUAACGAUCGUCGUUUCAAAGAGAAUCCGAAUGAUAUGGUUUAUGCAAACAAUGCAAUAAGUUGUUAUUUGCAGGCCGCUGGUCUUUACAAGAACGGCAAAACUAGAAAGCUUCUUGCCCGUAUCCUUUGGCUUAUUAGUUUGGAUGACUCGUCAGGCACUCUUGCACAGGCUUUUGAUAAUUUCCGUGGAGAAGUUCCUGUGUGGUACUGGAUAACUUUUAUCCCUCAAUUGCUUACAUCGUUAUCUCAUAAAGAGGCUAGACUAGUAAGACAAAUUCUUAUAAGGAUUGCAAAGAGCUAUCCACAGGCUUUACAUUUCCAACUUCGUACAACUAAAGAGGAUUUUGCAGCUAAACAGCGCCAAUUUAUGGAGCUCUCUCGUCAAAAUGCGAAUAGCACUUCCAAUGAGACAAAUAAUUCAACUAAAGAAAAUCCAAAAGAAGAGAAACCAGCGACUGAUGAAAAUACUGAAUCAUCUGAUGCUCCAAACGAUGAGAACAAGACAUCAACAAGUGACGGCUCACCUACAGUACCAGGCGCACAACAAAAAGCUGCACCUUCUGUGCCUCCUACAAGCGGUUCAAAUGGUGGUACUCGCCAAUCAUGGGAGCAUGUAGAGGAGAUAAUGGGUAUUUUGAAAACAGCAUAUCCACUAUUAGCUCUCUCAUUAGAAUCAUUGGUGGACCAAAUCAAUCAAAGAUUCAAAUGUACUGCAGAUGAAGAUGCAUACAGACUAGGUGUUGCAUUACUUAAUGAUGGUGUCCAGUAUCUUAAUCGCCUCGGGAAUCCAAGAGAUGACGCUAAAUUGCCUCCUGUUACUGAAGCGAACAUUACUAGAUUCGCUGAAACUGUUCUUCCCAAACAAAUUAGAGCCGAAUUUGAAAAGGAUCUUGUCAUUGGUAAACCUAAUUUGGAAACGUACAUCAUUAAGUUGCGCAAGUGGCGCGAUCGUUUAGAGGAUAAGCUUGACAGAAGAUUCUCAGAAGUCAACCUUGAAAACCUUUGCCCUCAUUUGAGUGAGUUCCAUCAUCAGAAAUUUGAAGAUAUUGAAGUUCCUGGCCAAUACUUGUUGAACAAGGACAAUAAUACUCACUUUGUAAAGAUUGAGAGAUUCCUUCCUACCAUUGACUUAGCUCGUGGAACAAAUGCCUGCCAUAAAAGAUUAAAGAUACGUGGAUAUGAUGGUAGUUUGCAUACAUUUGCAGUACAAUUUCCUGCUGCUCGUCAUUGUCGUCGUGAAGAAUGUAUUUUCCAAUUAUUCCGUCUAUUUGGCGAUACUCUUUCAAGAAAAGUUGAGACACGUCGCAGGAAUAUACAGUUUACUUUACCUGUCGCUGUACCACUAUCUCCACAUAUUCGUAUAAUUACUGAUGAUGCUAGAGAUAUUACGAUGCAAAGGAUCUAUGAAGAUUUCUGUUCUCGUAAUGGGAAGAGUCGUGAUGAACCAUUUGUUUACACUAUUGAAAAAUUACGUGCAGCUUUCGAUCCUCGUUUACCAAAACCUGAUAUUAUGAGUAUCAGAGUGGAAAUAUUGAGCGCAAUUCAAUCAUUGUUGGUUCCAUCUACUGUCUUGAAGAAUUAUUUUGUUGACCUUUACCCACAGUUUGAGGAUUUCUGGUUAUUCCGUAAACAAUUUACAUCUCAGUAUGCUUCAUUUAUUUUCACUACUUAUAUGAUGUGUGUUAACACGAGACAGCCUCAAAAAAUACAUGUCAACAAGGGCUCUGGUAACGUUUGGACUUCUGACAUGUUACCCUGUAAAAUUGCCAGUAAGAAUGCAUCAUUAGAUGGUUCCCAAGGUGGCAGACCUGCACCACUAUUUUAUAAUGCGGAAAUGGUGCCAUUCCGUUUGACACCUAACAUUCAAAAGUUGAUUGGUGAGACAGGAUUGGAAGGUAUUUUAUCUGUUUAUUUAUUGGCAAUAGCUAGGGCUAUUACCGAACCUGAGUCUGAUUUAGAACAAUACUUAACAUUAUUCGUGAGGGAUGAAGUAAUUUCCUGGUGCACCCAACAAGACCCACCACGUCCAAUUCCCCAAGAUAGUCAAUUGCGAGAAAUUGUUCGUGUUAAUGUGGAUCUUGUUAUUAAACGUGUUCUAUCAAUGGGCCAUAUUUCCUCCGGUCCAACUAUUAGUACCCAAAAUGUUUUGGAGCUAAUUUCCCAAGCUGUCAAUCCUCGUAACUUAGCAGCUGCUGACACUUUAUGGAUGGCCUACUUCUGA